ACAGCCAAACAAGUCACUUAGUUAUCAAAUUCGAACGAAUCCACUUCUAGCGAGUUGGAGAAAGUGGUACAUAAGUUAAAUUUUAGUCCAAGUUCUAGCCAAAGGUCUCUCUACCAUGGACAACCUAAUGAAGCUCCUUAUAGUGCAGUUUAUCGUGCUGAUUAUUACGCUGCGUUCGGCACGAUCACAGGCCGCAGGAACGGAUUGCAAUGGCAGAGACUACCUCUGCUUAGACGACCGACUGUUUCAAAUUUGCAUCGACUUCGGUGACGGGAAGACCCAAACUGUGGACGACGAAGCGCAGAGUUGCCCGAGGGGAACGUUCUGUAGCAAUACGGGUCGCUUCGAAUGCGACUCAUUUGUUCCGCCAUCAACUGCUGCUCCACAGGUCGUAACUCCAGAGGAAGUUCCCAAGGAUGAAGUUGAGGUAGUACCAGAGCCAGAAGUGAACGAAGAAGCUGUUGUCGUGACUGAUCCACCAGUCACUGAACAACCUACGGAAAGUAACAGCGAAGCAUCGUCGGUGACAAACGUUCCAACUACCACUGCUGCCAGUUCAAAUGAUGAACCACAGCCAGAAAGUUCUGCAGCUCCAGAGGAAGUUACUACGGAAUCAGCUGGUGAACCAACCGAUGCUCCCGAGGUAUCUCAACCGGAAACUACAGUGAGCUCAGCUGAGCCGCAACCCACUGUAGCACCUGAAGAACCAGAAGCUACGUCGUUGCCAGAGGUGCAACCAGAAUCCUCAGACGCACCACAAGAGGAAGUGAGUACCACAGAAAACAAUGCACCACCAGCUGAGACUACGCCUAAUGGCCAAGAUGAAUCUCAACCACAAAGUACAUAUGUUAGUGAAACGGAGCAGGUAAGCACAUCAGCCCCAGAAACUACGGCUGCUCCAGAGACUACUGCUGUUCCUGAGACUACUGCUGUUCCCGAGACUACUGUAGUUCCCGAAAGUUCUGCUGCUCCCGAGACUACUGUUGUUCCGGAAACGACAGCUUCACCGGAAACUACUGGUGCUCCUGAAACAUCUGCCGCACCUGAAACUACUGUUGCUGCCGAAACCUCUGCUGUUCCGGAGGGCACUGAUGCUCCCGAAGUAACUUCAGAUCCCGAAACAACUGUUGCUGCCGAGACUUCUUCAGCCCCUGAGACUACUGUUGCUUCGGAGACCUCUGCUGCUCCGGAGACUACUGCCGCUCCUGAAGCCUCCGCUGCUCCAGAGACCUCGGCUGCUCCCGAGACCACGGUUGCUGCCGAGACUACUGUUGCAUCGGAGAGCUCUGCUGUUCCGGAAACUUCUGUCGCUCCCGAAGCAUCCGCUGCUCCAGAGACUACAUCUGUACCCGAAACCUCUGCUGUUCCCGAGACCUCUGCUGCCCCAGAGACUACUGUUGCUUCAGAAACUUCAGCUGAUCCUGAAACUACAACUGCAUCGGAAUCUUCUACUGAUACUGAAACGACUGCUGUGCCUGAGGCAACUGAUGCUCCUGAAACCACCUCUGAUUCGGAAGUGGUCACUACACCGGAAGAUGUACCAGCUCCAGAAACCACGGCUGCAUCAGGUACUGAGGUAACUGAGGAAGGCUCAGAAACAACCGUUGAUGCUGGGGCUUCUCAAUCAACAAGUUCACCUUCAGAAGCAACUACCGCUGAGCCAGAAGUCACCGAAGGUCCGGCUGAGUCAUCUACCCCAGUACCCGAAACUACUGAUGAUGCUUCCAACCAGGAAACAACCCCCUCAGCGGGCUCAAACCCGGAAACGUCAAACCCCACAGUACCAGAAGAACAACCUCCACAGGAAACCACCGUUGCUCCAACAGAAGCAUCACCAGAACCUGAGUCAAGUUCUGCAGCGACCGAAACUGAAUCCACCGCGGGUACCACAACUGUUGAACCCUCUUCCUCCAGCACCACUGCAGCUUCAACCACCCCGCUACCAUUUGUCUGCCAACAGGCCGGUCGCUUCCCAGAUCCUGAAGACUGCCACAAAUACCACGUCUGCCUGUGGCUUCCUUUCGGUCUCUACCAGUUGGAACAAAACUGCCUUCUCGGCAUGGCUUACAACCCAACUCUACAACGGUGCACCGCCGAUCAGAGCCCAUGCUUCCCAGGUCAGUUCACCUGUACGGCACCCGGACGCUUCCCCGAUGUUGAAGAUAAUACCAAGUACUUCUGGUGCGUGUGGAACGUAUUCGGCGGUUACCUCCAAUACCACCAGGACUGCCCCCUCGGACAAGUGUUCGAUGCCUACCGCAGACGAUGUCUCACACCUCCACGACCCCAGCUGGUAUCGAACGAAGAAAAUGAUUCCAGCUCUGAUUCGGACUCCAACUCCAGCUCGGAUUCUGGCUCUGUGAACGCCCCGGUAGACUCGGAUGACUCAACUGCCGUUGAGGAAGAGAAGCCCAAGGAAAAGGUCAAGUUUGAGUGCACCGAAGAAGGAACCUUCCCGGAUCCGAACAACUGCUCCCGGUAUAUCGUCUGUACGCUCAAGAAGAAGGACAAGUUCAAGCAGAGCAAGCUGAAGUGCCCGAAGGGACAGCAGUUCGAUGUCGCCCUGCAGCUGUGCACGGACGAUGUAGAUGUACUGUGCGGUUAGAUUAUUUUUUGAAUUGGAACGCAAUGAGAUUUGAUUAGAGUGCCAUAUUAUCAUCUUUUUCCCGAAUUAUAGCAACAAUAAAGCAAAUUUAUUUAUUAUCAUCGUGAUGCAAAGUA